AUGGAAGAGGCCGACCAGAGAGUAGUAGAUCUAGUCAAAGAACUAGUGCACCGAUUGCUCACCACCGCCCCACAAUCCAACCAUCAAAACCCUAACUCCCCGUCGUACACUCAGCAGGAGUACAAUCAGGCUCUGAAAUACUCCCUUCGGAUACUCUCCAGUCGCAUGACCCCAUCAAUUGCGGCCGAUGACUCGGCCAUGGCGGAAUCUAUCAAGCGCCGCCUCGCCACCGCCGGUAAGUCCUCCGAAGCCCUAACUUUUGCCGAUCUCUACGCUAAAUUCUCGCUCAAAAAUGGUCCCGGGAGCGUGAAGAAUAAAUGGGCUGUUCUUUACUUGCUGAAGACUAUAUCCGAAGAUCGGAAAGCAAGGAAAAACCAGCUGCCCAAUAUAAUUUCUAAUGGUUUUCUAGAUUCUGCCGUGGCUGGAGGCCUGCCCACAUUGUUUGAGAGCGAUGACCUUAGUGGAACUUCUGGCGGAUUUGGGGGAUUGAGCAACAAUUUGGGCAUUGGUGGGUUUACUAAUGAUUUUGAUGAUAGGGCGCCGUCUGGAAAUUUUAAGAAUUCAAUGGGUGGUUUAAGUAGCUUGGAGAAAUUGGAAAAGAGUCGAGGUGAGAGAAAUCUAGGUGCCGAGUUGGACAAUUUUAGUAGUUUAGGCGUAAAUAUGAAGAAAUUGAAGGGUUUAGGUGAGAACACUAGGGGUGCAAGGGCGAGGGAGCUCAUCGAAAAACGAUACAAUGGAGGCAUAUUGAUGGUGUCUAAAGACCCUGAGAAUAUUCGUGAUAUGGCAUACAGGGAGUUUGUGGAUUUGAUAAAAGAAGAAAAUGAGGUCUCAGAAGUGGUUUUAGUGAGGGAUGUGAUGUAUGCAUGUCAGGGGAUUGAUGGGAAGUACAUAAAUUUUGACGAGAAGGCUGAUGCCUAUCUGCUGCCUGAGCCAGUUAAAGUACCAAGAUCAACUCGGGUAAUGGUGAGGAAGCUCUGUGAGCUUGGCUGGCUUUUCAGGAAAGUUAAAGGGUACAUAACAGAAAGUAUGGCCCGGUUUCCAGCUGAGGAUGUGGGGACUGUUGGUCAAGCAUUCUGUGCUGCACUACAGGAUGAAUUGUCUGAGUACUAUAAGCUACUGGCUGUGCUCGAAGCCCAAGCAAUGAAUCCGAUCCCACUAGUCUCAGAAAAUGCAAGCUCGGGUAACUAUCUUUCGCUGAGGAGACUGUCGGUUUGGUUUUUUGAACCUCUUGUCAAGAUGAGGCUGAUGGCUCUUUUAGUCGACAGCUGUAAGGUCCUAAAAGGCGGGGCCAUGGCUGGGGCUAUACACAUGCAUGCCCAGCAUGGGGACCCUCUAGUGAACGAUUUCAUGAAAAGGCUGCUCCGCCGUGUGUGCUCCCCGCUUUUUGAGAUGGUGAGGAGUUGGGUUUUGGAAGGGGAGCUCGAGGACAUUUUUUCCGAGUUCUUUGUCUUGGGUCAACCUGUCAAAGCCGAGUCGCUCUGGAGGGAAGGAUACAGGCUCCAUGCAGCAAUGCUUCCCUCUUUCAUCUCCUCAUCUCUUGCACAGCGCAUUCUGAGGACUGGGAAGUCGAUCAAUUUCCUCAGAGUUUGCUGUGAGGACCAAGGCUGGGCCGAGUCAGCUACACAGGCGGCAGUGGCGGCUGGGACGAGCACUUGCAGGGGCGGCCUCGGCUAUGGAGAAACUGACGCGCUUGAAUCUCUGGUCACAGAGGCUGCGAAAAGAGUAGAUACACAUUUAUUAGACGUAAUGCAUAAAAAAUACAGGUUCAAAGAGCAUUGUCUCGCCAUCAAGAGAUAUUUGCUUCUCGGUCAAGGCGACUUUGUUCAGUACUUGAUGGAUAUUGUUGGGCCUGAGCUGUCGGAGCCCGCCAACACUAUAAGCUCGUUCAAGCUAGCUGGGCUUUUGGAGAGCGCAAUUAGGUCAUCAAACGCGCAAUAUGAUGACCCUGAUAUAUUGGACAGGUUAAGGGUGAAGAUGAUGCCACACAACACGGGGGACAGGGGAUGGGACGUGUUCUCAUUGGAGUAUGACGCAAGGGUCCCAUUGAACACUGUGUUUUCGGAAUCCGUUAUGUCGAGGUACCUGAGAAUCUUUAACUUUUUGUGGAAGCUUAGGAGGGUGGAGCAUGCGCUAAUUGGUGUAUGGAAAACUAUGAAGCCGAACCGUGUCACUUCUCGAUUCUUUUCUAAGCUUCCACAUGUUGUUAAGCUGCAGUUGAUUCUGACUUCGAGAAAGUGUCAGGUUUUAUGGGACGAGAUGAAUCAUUUCGUUUCGAAUCUGCAGUAUUACAUAAUGUUUGAGGUGUUAGAGGUUUCGUGGUCUGAUCUGUUGAGGGAAUUGGAAGUAGCUAAAGAUCUUGAUGACUUGCUUGGGGCACAUGAAAAGUACCUGCAUUCGAUUGUCGAGAAGUCUCUUCUUGGUGAGAGGUCGCAAAAUCUUCACAAGACACUUUUUACUUUGUUUGAUCUCAUAUUACGUUUCCACAGCCAUGCGGAUCGGUUAUAUGAAGGCAUCUACGAACUGCAGUCUAGAAUUGCGGACCCUACUUCUCGAGAUAAAGUCAGAUUGCAGAGGGCAUCAAGUAACAAACCUUCAGAGCCUGGGCCGUGGCUUGGUGAAGGCAGAAAAGACAUAACUAAACGUGCUGGGGAAUUUCUUCGGAACAUGGGGCAAGAUAUUGAUGCAAUCGCUAAGGAAUAUUCAUCUGUUUUCGAGGGUUUCAUUUCUCAACUGCCCAUACAGCAACAUGUUGACCUGAAGUUCCUCAUGUUUCGAUUGGAUUUCACUGAGUUUUACAGCCAGUUGAGACCCACUGCAGGCGGACUUUUGUAG